AUGAAUUAACUGCACUCAAUAUUUUUCACAUUAAUUAUUAGAUUUGUGGUCGUGUUCUUCAUGUAAGAGGACAAAGGCCUUAUAUUCAUGAUAAUUGAUUAGUUCAAUUAAUUUAUGAAUAGAUAUUUCCUUAUCAUAGGCAUAUCUAAUGACUUAUAAUAAAAAAAUAAUCGGAACAUAAAGCCAGGCAAAUAUUUUCAUGAAAAACUAAAAGUAGGUAAAAUAACUUUCUAAAAUAUAGUUACAAACUUAUUGAGUGAUUGGUGCAUUAAGUAUCAGCAGAACCAAACAAUUUCAAAUUAUUACAAAUGUGAUGCAUGA